AGUGAAAGAGUCUUAUUUUAUUUUAUUUUUUAAUCGUCGCAGCGCCAAUACUCAGUUACGGUGUCAUUCUCGUCGGAGUGAUACUCUCUUCCGGUGCCGGCGGCGGUGUUGCGAGCAGAACCCUAAUCAGCAUCCAAUGUCAGAAUCAUCAUCAUCAUCAUCUUCCACUCUCCAAGAAACUCUCCUCCGGUUAUCAAACUCAAUCACAUCCUCUCUCGCCGCAACAUCAUACACUCCUCCCAAAACCGCCACCAUCUCCGUCAAAGCAUUUCUCGAACCACUCCUCACACCAACAAAUUCCAUCAAAGACUUCGCUCUAGCAUGCGCUCUUCUCUCAUCCUCCACCCUCAUCAACUCCGAGCUUCUCUCAUGGAUCCCCAAUCACCUCUCCUCUCUCGCAUCUGCUUCCUUUUUCGAACUAUCCCAAAUUUAUUUAACAGUUUUCAAUAAUAGAAACACCGAAAAGGUUGCUGAAUUGGGUUUGGAUUGUGACUUGGUUCCUCCAGAGAAGAGGUUGCUGAUUGAAUUGUUUCCUGAACUGGUUCCUAUUUUGAAGGAGAGGAUUAAGGAGAGUUCUUUUGAUAAGUCUGAUGAGUUUGAUGAGUUUUCUGCUGCGUCGGCUAGAGUUCCGGUUGGGUUCGCGAUUCUUGCUGCUUAUCAGUUUAGAUGGUUUGUUACUCAGGUUGAUUAUCCUCAUUUGGGGAAAUUGUGUGGGUGGGUGAUUCCUUGUGCAUUGACUGCUGUUGAUCAUUGGUCGCCAGAGGUGAAGGGACAGGGCAUGGUUAGCUUUGCGCAUCUUGGGAAAAAUGUGGAUGCUGCUGAGCUUGGUGGGUUUGAGGAUGUGAUACUUGAUGCCUGUUGCCAGAAUAUUGCUGCCGAUGAUGAAGUAUGGGAUUGUGUAGUUGAGGCAUCAAUAACUCUCAUGUCUCUUACGCAGAAAAGUAAUCCGCGCAGUCCGUGGUUUGAAAAGAUGUUGAAUGAGAUGUUAAGUCACUUGGAGCGUCAGCCAAGAAACAAAGAGCGCCGCAUUGCAUGGCUUAAAUCUGUUGAUUCACUACUUAAUGGAGUUGGUCUUGUGCUUUUAGCUCACUUCAGGCGCAUUUUUCCAUUAUUUUUUCAGUGGAUGCAUGCAGAUGAUGAUGACACUAUUAUUUUGGUUCUGAAGUGUACUUAUGUAGUUUUGAGACUGACAUGGAUUAGGAACUCACCUUACGUUGCAAGGUUGGUAGAUAAACUUGCUCUUGUGUAUAAGGAGGCAGCAUUGAGAAAAGCCCGGGAAGAGAUUAGAGCAAAUAUAACUCAGAUACUGGUUCUACUUCAAGAAAGCAAAGGCCAGCAUUUUAACUUAGCUUGGGACAAGCAUCAAACCGAUCCAGAUUUGACCAAUCUUAAUCUAUCUUUAAGUGGAAAUUACAAGUGUAAUCUUGAUUCCCUGCCUUCAGAAAAUAGUACGCAGAGUUCUGGAAUCGUUCAAACAUGAUAAUUUGACAUUCAUUAUGUUUUAUUUAAGUGCUACAUUUGUACAAUUUUGGAGAAUGUAUAUAAAAGGAAAAUUUAUGGGUACAA